UUGUAGUGAAACUGAAGGCGACAUGCAUGUUUGUUUGGUGGAGCAUGGUCUUUGCAUCAAAAAAUCAAAAGCCAAAGGAGGAGCCUAUAGCUUUGCCGCAUGCUAUGGCAUAUGGGACAAGGACAAACGUGUUGAAACAAGCAAAGCAAUUUCCAAGAGAUACAUAAACCUAGAGACCAGUCUUAACAGGUUUCCUUCACCGCCUGUAAUUCGUCCCCGUUUAACUCGAAGAAUCUUUUGUAAUUACGAUGGUUCCAAUCGUAACAACCAGACACAGUCCUCUUCAAAUUCAGUUCAGCUCUAUCGGGAUUUUGAGAGAUUACUUACCGAGACCGUAAGGCAAUCGCAAAGUGCUUGGGGUGGUUCAAGCGAUUGGAGCCAAGUCGAGGGAGCAUGGGUUCUCAAACCCAAAGGCUUAAAACCUAAGUCAGUUGUUCAUUUUGUUGGUGGUAUAUUUGUUGGAGCUGCUCCUCAGCUUACCUAUCGUUUGUUUCUGGAGCGCCUUUCGGAAAAGGGCGUUUUGGUGAUUGCAACACCAUAUGCUAGUGGGUUUGAUUACUUCUUCAUUGCCGAUGAAGUACAGUCCAAAUUCGACAGGUGUUUACGAUUUCUACAAGAAAUAGGGCGUGAUCUUCCUACUUUUGGUAUUGGCCAUUCUUUGGGUUCUGUCAUCCACCUUUUGAUUGGUUCAAGAUAUGCCAUCCCAAGGAGUGGGAAUGUGUUAAUGGCAUUCAACAACCAGGAAGCAAGCUUAGCUCUCUCAUGGCUCUCACCUGUUCUUGUUCCAAUGGCCCAAAGCAUUGGACCAUUUCUAUCACAGAUUGCAUCGUCACCCACAAUCCGCAUGGGGGCUGAGAUGACGCUAAAGCAAAUAGAAAGCCUUAGUCCUCCCAUUAUGAAGCAGAUUCUCCCCCUAGUUGAGCAACUUCCUCCCUUAUACAUGGACUUAGCCAAGGGAAGAGAAGAUUUUUCUCCAAAACCUGAAGAAGCUCAACGACUUAUAAAGUCAUACUAUGGCAUUUCAAGAAAUCUUUUAAUAAAGUUCAAGGAUGACUCGAUUGAUGAAACUCCAAAAUUGGCUAAGGUGCUAAGUUCAGAGUCAGCCAUCAGCUCAAUGCUAGACAUGUCAAUUCGAUCAUUACCAGGAGAUCACGGGCUUCCUCUACAACAAGUAAUGCUUGCUCUUCCAGAUGUUCCACCUGCAAUGGCAGAUGCAGUAAAUCGUGGAGGUGAGCUUUUGGUGAAUCUGAGUGCAGGAACACCAUGGGAGACUGUAGCCAAAGAGGUCAGUACUACAUUAGGUGUUGAGUCGAGCAUUAUACGUGCAGAAAUUUCAAAGGACAUGAACAAUCUUGUGGAGGUGAUCACUUCUUGGAUGGCUUCAAAUUCAGGUACAAAACUUCUUAGGCCUUGAUACGCGUCCAGCUAAAAUCAUCAAAGGAACUAGUUUAUUUCGAUCAUACUGCAUUGGUGAGAUUUGUAGUGUAAUAUAGAAUAGUAGAAGAAUAUUGCCUCAGAUUCAUUCCCCUCUUUGACAUUUAUGUAUCAUAGCAGGGAGGGAUGUCCAGUUUCACACACAUAUGAUUAGCCAUGAGCUUCCACCAAUUUGUAAUUUGUAAUUAGCAAUGCUUGUGUGUAUAUAAUAUACGGGUGUGUAGUGUUCUUUGUAUAGAAUUUUCGGCAAUGGGAUAAACAAUUACAAUUUGACAAACUUGUUAAUGCAUUAUUUUAGUUUCUAUUGCUUAUGAA